CUUGAGGCAGCAGUUUUUUCGAAAACCCCCCUUCUUCGCUUCGUCGCCCUUUGGCUUCUGAAUCCUCUCCGGCCAUGGCGACCGCCAACGACUCCGGCGAUCCCGCCUCUCCUUCAUCUUCCACCCGCGCGCUCGAGUCCGUCCCCUUCUCCUCGGGCAAUCCCCGCAUCGAGGAGACCCGCGGCGUCGUCCUCCUCCACCCUGAUCCACCCGCCGCUGCCGCCGCCCCCUCGUUGUCAUCUGAUCUCCCGGUAGGGAGGAAGCCUUGGGUGUGCGUACCGGCCGUGCCCAACCACAUGACCUACGCGGACUUCUGCCGCUUCUGCGGCGCCUUCGUCCCCCACAUGCUCGAGAUGCGCAUCGUCAGGAUUGAUGGAGCAGACGACCAGUACAGCGUUCUUAUAAAGUUUGACACGCUGAGCUCCACCGAUAGCUUCUACAAGCACUUCAAUGGAAAGCGGUUCUCGUCGAUGGAGGGUGAUGUUUCUCGUGUACGUUUUGUGGAAGACGUGCACUACACUCAAUUGAUUGAGCAUGCCCAUAGCUCGGUUACGAGCUCAGCCGAGCAGCCUACCUGCCCAGUGUGUCUAGAACGACUUGACCAAGAUCCUGGAGGCAUUCUUACUACAAUAUGCAAUCAUUCUUUCCACUGUUCAUGCAUAUCAAAAUGGACAGAUUCUUCAUGCCCAGUUUGUAGAUAUUGUCAGCAGCAACCAGAGAAAUCCAUGUGUUCUAUUUGUGGAACUUCAGAGAAUCUUUGGAUUUGUGUAAUCUGUGGUAAUGUUGGCUGCGGAAGGUACAAAGGCGGACAUGCUAUUGAACACUGGAAAGAAACCGAACACUGCUAUUCACUUGAAUUAGAAACACAGAAGGUUUGGGAUUAUGCUGGUGAUAACUAUGUCCAUCGUUUGAUUCAAUCCAAAACAGACGGGAAGCUGGUUGAGUACAAUUGCUAUGGUGAUCAUGGAGCAGAUGGUAUGUGUUCAAUAUGCAGUGGUGAUGCAGGAAUGGAUGAAGCUCUUCUGAACAGUAAAGUUGAAGCUAUUGUUGAAGAGUACAACGAUCUCCUCACGUCACAGCUUGAUAAACAAAGAAAUUACUAUGAGGCACUUCUGCUAGAAGUCAAAGAAGAGAAUGAGAAAGAAAUUUCUGCUGCUACUGCGAAAGCUGUGAGCAUAAAACUCCAGAAGUUACAGGCAAAGCUUGAUAAAUGCAUUGAAGAGAAAAGUUUUCUUGAUGAUAUCAAUACCAAUCUUGUAAAAAAUCAGGAGAUGUGGAUAGAAAGGAUUCGGAAAGUACAAGAAAGGGAACAAGCUGCGCUCAGAUUGAAAGAUGAAAAGAUUGAGAAGCUGGAGGCGGAGCUAACAGAUUUGAUAGCUCAUAUAGAGUGUCACAACGCUGUGGCAGCUGCUCCUGAGUCAAUCGCAAGCGAAAUACAAGGGGGCUCCGUUCUUCCCGGGCCAUCUGCAGCGUCCUCAAGCAGCAUCAGCGGUGGCAGCCCAAUACGCGCAACAAGGAGCAGAAAGCGGAAUUGAGACCUGCGUACGCUGACUGGCAUUUCUUAUGAAUCGAUUUUUCUGAGUAUCAGUGUACAUUCUUAUCCCAAUUCUCCAUCCUUGGCUGCUGUGUGAUAGCCUGAUAGGUAUGCAAGAGCAAACACUAACAUGCAUCUGUUCUUCUUCCUUGGCCUCUCCAGUCCAUCGUCGUCUAUUAAUUGACAGUCAUGUGCUGCUCAUGUGUGCUAUUUGCGUGGCUUCUGAAACCAGUAGCCGGUCAAGACUUGUACUUCCUCUGUCCAACAAAAGGUCUCAAUUUUGUCAAAAUUUGGAUAUCUAGACAUGACUUAGUGUAUAGAUGCAUUUAAAUUUGAUCAAAGUUGGGACAUCCUAUGUUGUACGGAGGGAGUAUUACAUCUCAAAUGGUUAUUUCUUAGCU